GAUUGAAAAGAAAAAAAGAGAGAGAGAGAAAGCUAAGUGAUGAAAAAUUGAAAACGAUGAAAGAAGGAGGGAAGAGUCUAGAAUCUAGAUAGUUGGAGGAAUCGACGAGCACGCCACGCGCCCAUUCCAACCUCAAAUCGUUACCACACACUUUCCAAAACUCUCUCAACUCACCCAUUCACUCAUUCAUUCCUCGUGCAACCAUGCUUCUCAGAACCGCUCCUCCCUCUUUCUCUCCCCUCAACCCUUCUUCUUCUUGUACCACUCGCCACUCUCACCCCAAAACCUUCCUCCCCUGCGCCACCAAGGGCUCCAACAACCGCCCCUUAACCGGCGUCGUUUUCGAACCCUUUGAAGAGGUCAAGAAGGAGCUCGACCUCGUUCCCACUCUCCCGCAAGCUUCCCUCGCACGCCAAAAGUACUCACACGACUGUGAGGCCACUAUUAACGAACAGAUCAAUGUGGAGUACAAUGUUUCCUACGUUUAUCAUGCCAUGUUUGCCUACUUCGACAGGGACAAUGUUGCACUCAAGGGUCUCGCCAAGUUCUUCAAGGAGUCAAGCGAGGAGGAAAGGGAGCAUGCAGAGAAACUGAUGGAAUAUCAGAACAAAAGGGGUGGGAAAGUGAAGUUGCAAUCAAUAGUGAUGCCACUUUCUGAGUUUGAUCAUGAGGAAAAGGGAGAUGCGCUAUAUGCAAUGGAACUUGCUCUGUCGUUGGAGAAGCUAACAAAUGAGAAGCUGCUUAACGUGCACAGUGUUGCCUCAAAAAACAAUGAUGUGCAAUUGGCAGAUUUUAUUGAAAGCGAGUUUUUGGGUGAACAGGUGGAAGCCAUAAAAAAAAUCUCUGAGUACGUUGCUCAGCUAAGAAGAGUUGGCAAAGGACAUGGUGUGUGGCACUUUGAUCAAAUGUUGCUUCAUGAGGAGGGAGUUGCUGCUUGAUUGACCUUUUUUUUCCUCUCGUUAGUGCAAAAUGUGAAUUAGUAUUUUCAGGCCUUUUGUUAGAGAUGACAAAAUUGGGUGUGGAGUAAUAAUAUUGGUCACUUAUUAUCUCGUUUUUUUAGUAAUGUCGGAGUAGCGUGGAGUAAUAUGGAAAUGAAAUUCAAAUUAGAAUUAUAAUUUUAUUCCUUGAUUAUUUGCAUAA